GAUGACGCCUUGCCGGGGCAGCAGCGAGGAGGGAGAUCCAAGCGUAGUGGAAGUGCCGAUCAUGAAGUGUGAGUGACAGAGGGUCAAUUCAGAAACAUCUGGAACAACAUGGACACUAUGGAUGAUGAAACCACUGUUUUUAUGACUUUAAAGUCAUUCAAAAGUUUCAUUUCAAAACCUGAGACCUCUCAGUCUUUGCCUGAGGCAGAUUUGGCCCAAGGUGAUCUCCAGAGGCAGUACAUGCAAAGAAUUGAGCUGGAGGAUGCAGCUGAAAAGAUCCACUCCAGGACGCACCUUCUGCAGAUGGCCCAGGAGAAGCAGCAGAUGGAGCUCAGUCACAAACGUGCCCGCAUUGAGCUGGAGAAGGCAGCACACAUCAGUGCCAGGGACUUGGAGCGGGAAGUGGACCGCAAUCAGGAGCUGCUCAGCCGCAUCAAGAAGCUGGAAGACCGGGAGACUGAGACUGCUAAGAUUCUUAGUGAGCAAAUGGAUAUGAACAAGACCCUGAAGAAGAGCCUUGAGGGCCAGAACAAGAGAUUAGAAGAGAAGGAUUCCAAGAUUUCAGAGGCCAACGAGACAAUCAGUAGCUUGCGAGAUGAGAUUCGGGAGCUCAAUCACAAGAUUAAAAACCAAGAGAUGCAACUCAUCACCCUGUCCACUGACAGCCAAGGCCUGCAGGAACAGGUGGAGCUCCAGCGCAGGAAAUAUGAAGAGGUUUCUUCGAAGUACCAGACACUUCAAUCAUCGCAGUCUCUGCACUCGGACAGUGAGCUCAAGAUUAAAGAGCUGGAGAGGCGUUUGGCCUUGCAGGAGCAAGACUCAAUCAUUGUGCAGAACAUGAGGGCGGAGCUUGCGCACAUCCCGGAGAUGGAGAGGGAGCUGAAGCAUCUCCGUGAAGAGAACGGCUACUUGAGAGAGACCAAGGAGAACAGCAGUCUAUUGAAGGAAGAGAUGGAGGGUUUGAGGAAGAAACUGGAGCGCAUGGAGAAGAUAAAAGAGGACAUGGUCAACCUGGAAUUGGAGAAGGAGAAACAAGUCAGUGCCCUUCAAGCUUGGGAGAAUUUAGGUGAAAAAACUGGCCUGAGCAUUAGGAAGCCAGAAGACUUGUCACGAGAGAUCAUUCAGAUUCAGCAGCGAGAGAUCACCUUGAAGCAGCAGAACCACUCCAUCACCAGCAGUGCCCGAGCCCUGGAGAAGGCCCGCGUGCAGCUCCAAGGUGAAGUUCUGCAACUGCGCUCCCGGCUUCUGGAAGAGCAGAAGAAGCGCGAGCAGCAGGAUGCCCUGGUACGUCGCCUGCAGAAGAGAGUCCUGCUUCUCACCAAGGAGCGAGACGGCAUACGAGCCAUCUUGAACUCUUAUGACAGCGAACUGGCCUCCAGCGAAUACUCGCCCCAGCUGAGCCGUCGUGUGAAGGAGGCUGAGGAAAUGUUGCAGAAGGUGCAGGCGCACAACUCCGAGAUGGAGGUUCAGCUGUCUAAAGCUCAGGAGGAAGCAGGAAGCUAUAAACUCCAGGCUGAAACUGCAGAAAUGGAGCUUGACACCCUGAAGAAGCAGGCCACUAAUAUAGAUACCAGCUCCUCUCUGAUGGGUGAGGAGGUCAACUCCCUCAGGCAGAAGAUUGAGGAGUUGGAGAUGGAGCGCAAACGUCUAGAAGAUCAGAAUAAUAUCCUUGAGAUGAGAUUGGAGAGACAUAACCUUCAGCAGGGCGACUAUGACCCUUCAAAGACAAAGGUGGUCCACUUCCGCCUGAACCCCACCAGCAUGGCCAAGCAGCAACGCGUUGAUGAGGUUCAGCAGCUGCGGGAAGAGUGCCAGCGCCUUGGUAACCUUGUUAGGGCACUACAGGCAGGGGGUGCUGCGACCAUCGAAGAAGGUCCCCUCAACCUCCCGUCCUCCCAGGAAGUCCUAGACCUGCGCAAACAAUUAGAACUCACCGAGCUGAAGAACAAGCGUCUGAAGGAGGUCUUCCAGAAGAAGAUUCAAGAGUUUCGCACCGUGUGCCACGUCCUCACAGGCUACCAGAUUGACAUCACCACCGAAAACCAGUACCGCCUCACAUCCGUCUAUGCUGAGCACGUGGACGACUGUCUUGUAUUCAAGGCCACCGACCCAGGACACACCAGCAUGCAGCUCAUGGAGACAGAAUACUCGCGCACGCUGCGUGAGCUUGUGGAGCUGCAUCUUCUCCAUCAGAACAGCAUCCCGGUCUUCCUGAGCGCCGUCACACUGGACCUCUUCAGCCGCUCGACCAUGGCCUGACCGCGCCCUCUGUCGCAGGAGGACAUGGGUGCCAUGGCAACAGGACAGCGUCAGGACAGUGUGAGGGCAGUGUCGGGCAGGCCUGCUGUGAUUGUUGCUGUUAAGGGAUUGAUGCAGAAAGGCCGGGUGGUAAAAGAUGUGGGUGUUCACAGUCUCCUUUGAUCCCUCUCAAGCUUCAUUAUUUCUGCUGAUCUAUGAUAAUAUUUUUUUGUGUUUGCAUUUUAAUUCAUAAGAAUAAACAUUUACGCUGAGUUCUAAGAAAUUGCUAUCCGCGAACCAAGCAUACAUUUACAUUCAUAAGAAACACGAAACACU